UUAAGGUGCAUACACUUCUCACUAAUGUCCUCAUUAAAGAGUGUCCUUCAUUUCCAAGCUGGGAUUGGAGUCUUAGCCAAUAUGUUUCUCCUUUUUCUCUAUACUUUCAUAAUCGUAGGUCACAGACCUAAGCCCAUGGACCUGAUCUACUGUCAUCUGUCCUUUGUUCACCUAAUGAUGGUCCUCAUUGGAGGGGACAUGUGGCUUACAGACAUAUUUGAGUCACUGAACAUUGAAAGUGACUUCAAAUGUAAGACAAGUUUUUACAUAAGCAGGGUGAUGAGAGGCAUCUCUAUCUGCAUCACCUGCCUCCUGAGUGUGUUCCAGGCUGUCACUAUCAGUCCCAGAACCUCUUUUUUGGCAAAAUUUAAACCUAAGCUAAAAAAAUACAUGACUAGUGCUUUCUUCUAUAUUUGGUCUUUCAAUUUGUCCUUCAGUAGUAACCUGAUCUUCUAUGUUGGUGGUUUUACCAAUGUGAGUGAGACAAACCAGAUG